GUUUCAGCUAACACGUGAAUUUGGGCAUUUGUAGUGGAUUUUUUACUACGCGUUACAUUUCACGAUUUUUCUUUUUUCGUGAGACGUUAUAACUUACAUUUGGUCAAAUGCGUGUACGUGGUUUGAGCUUUCAGUCUUACGAGACGCUUUUUAUCGACCGCUUUCUUGUACUAUAGUGUCCUAGCAAAGGCAAGUCACCACGCUAGUUUAGUGUAGUUUAGUUUAGUUUAGUUGCUGGACAGCAUCGUACCCAUAUGGAGAAUUAUGAAGAAGAAACAGUGCAGCUUCAUGGUGACGAGGAAAUCAUUGAAGUUAUUGAUUUGAAUGGCACAGAACAGACAACCACAGAUGAUCUUGCAGAGGAAUUGGAAGAUGUGGAUUUUGCCGACGCUGAAGGAACUGCAGAUGAUGAAGGCUGGGAGACAGAGGAUGAGAUGGAUGCAGAACAGGAUGACAGUGAUCUCACGUUCAUCAAACAUACCGGUUCCGUUUUCUGCGUCAGUUUGGACCUAGUAACAAACAACCUGGCCAUCACAGGUGGUGAGGACGACAAAGCUUAUGUAUGGAACAUCCUUGAUGGAGAGGUGUUGUUUGAGUGUACAGGUCAUAAGGACUCGGUCACAUGUGCAACAUUCAGCCAUGACUCAACACUGGUGGCAUCUGGGGACAUGAGUGGUCUGAUUAAAGUGUGGAAAGUUGAAGCCAAAGAGGAGAUCUGGUCUUUUGAAGUAGGAGAUCUGGAGUGGCUGCAGUGGCACCCCUGUGCGCCCGUGUUGCUUGCAGGUACUGCUGAUGGCAAUAUGUGGAUGUGGAAGAUACCAAGUGGCGAAUGUAAGACCUUCCAGGGACCCAACUGUCAGGCAACAAGUGGAAAAAUCCUUCCUGAUGGAAAAAGAGCAAUGGUGGGUUAUGAAGAUGGAACCCUGCGUCUGUGGGACCUUAAACAAGGCAACACUAUCCAUGUCAUUAAAGGUUAUGAUGGCCACCAGGGGCCACUGACAUCCAUGGAGUGCAACAAGGAUGGAACCCUGGUUCUCACAGGAUCAACUGAUGGACAGGCUAAACUCAUUAACACAUCAACAGGCAAGGUACUGGGUUCAUUCUCAGUUGAGAACAGUGAGGAGAAAAACAUGGAGGAGCAGGAUUCCAUCUCAGUGGAGUCUGUAGGAUUUUGUAAUGUGCUGCCCCUGAUUGCUGUGGCAUAUCUGGAUGGCACACUGGCCAUAUACGACUUGACCACACAGAGCCUUAGACACAGAUGUAAACAUGAGGUAGGGAUUGUCCAGCUUCAGUGGGAGCAGGCCUCGGCGGUGGUGGCUACCUGUAAUCUGGGUGGAGUUGUGACUCUGUGGGAUGCUCGCUCAGGAAACAUGCUGUCUGAAUACCGCGGUCACACAGCAGAGAUACUGGACUUCACACUAAACCGAGACGCUUCCAUGGCUGUGACAGCAGGUGGGGACCAUAAAGCCAAAGUCUUCUGUCUUCAGAGGCCUGAUCGAUAGGAGAAGACUGACUUUCCCCAUAGAGUGAAACUACCCAUUAGACUUCUUUUUUCUUCUUCUUUUCCACAUCCUCAGAGAAUGGUCAUGCCCUCUAAUGUUUUACUGACUCAAUCCAGCUGCUUCUCAGUUCUAUUUACACAAUUAACUGUAAUUUGGUGAUUACUCACAAACCUGUUUGAACUGACUGGCUUCAGAACCUCAAGAUAUCCUGACCGUUGUGAUUUUUAUUUUUGGAUGAGUCAUUACUUCAGUUAUGUGUAAUUGAAUAUCAUUGAGUGAAUAAAUCUGAACCUGCUGUUUA